UCUUAUUACUAGAUGAUUUAUUAAAUACUGAGCAACACCCAUCUCGGUUAGGAGAGACACCCAACAUCAAUAAUAAAGUCUUCUCCUCCCUUCUCUGACCUCCCCGCCAACAUCCCCCCCUCCCCCACCUUUCCUUUCUCUCAGUAUGGCGGAUUUGCCCUCCUUUUCAACUAAAGAAUUUUAUUGGCUAGCAUCAUGCUUUUGGGGCAUCAUCACCUGCAAACUGGUCUAUGAUAUAACAGGUUUUAUCAGCCCUUUUUGUUUCAAAGGAUAUGGAAAACUAAGUGAUAAAGAAAAAAUGGAAUGGAACAAUCGGGGAUUUUCAACUUUCCAUGCUUUAAUUGCAGCAUGGGCUUCUCUCUACCUCCUACUAUUCUCAGAUCUUUUUGACGAGGAUUCCAGUAAUGACUUGAUUGUUAAUAGAAGCUCUGUUAUAUCGAACAUGUUCUUAGGGUUCUCUAUUGGUUAUUUUCUAUCAGACUUGGCAAUGGUGUUUUGGCAUUUCCCAGCUUUAGGAGGUCUGGAGUAUGUCUUGCACCAUGGGCUAUCCAUGUUUUCAAUUUCUCUCUCCCUCAUGAGCAGUCAAGGGCAGAUUUACAUAUUAAUGGUUCUCUUUUCAGAGAGCACAACACCUUUUGUAAAUAUAAGAUGGUACUUGGAUGUUGCUGGUUGGAAAAGCUCUACCAUUUAUAUCUACAAUGGCAUUGCAUUGUUCUUUGGGUGGUUGAUUGCAAGGAUUUUUCUGUUCAUCUAUUUUUUUGCUCACAUGUUUAACCACUUUGAUGAGGUGAGUGUUCGAGUACAUGAGCUUAUAUAUUUACUUAAAAAUGUUUCCUUUUUCAUUUAUUUAUUUGUUCGUUGAUUUUUACUAGGCUGUUAUACCCCAAACAUUUUUUUAUUUGAUUAGUGAAUUGAUGAAUAAAAUAGGUCAAGAAGAUAUUUCCGUUGGGGUUCUACAGCUUGCUCACUGUACCUCCGGUGCUGGGGUUGAUGAAUGUGGUAUGGUUUUGGAAGAUCGUGAAGGGAUUGAUUAAAACAAUUUCAAAAGCAAGACACAGAGAAUAAUAACA